AAAGAUAAGAUAACGCAUGUAGAUUCGAAGACUAAAUUGUUUCUGUCUAUGAAGAUUAAGAAAAAUAAUAAGACAAAAGUACAUGAGGUGUAUUUAAUACAAGGAACUAUCUGUUGAGAUAAUCUUAUAUCGAGCUUUACUGCAACGUGAAUAUUGUCAAAGUCCUCUUAAUGCGUAGUGUAUGCUAACGAUGAAUCGGUUUCACUAUCCUGGAAUAAUAUCUAGCACAUGAUCUUCCUCAUCUGAGCUUGCUUUGAUUGGAUUACCGUGCUUGUCUUCAAAACGCACCCCUCUGGCGUUCCAUUGAGACCAUAGAGACUGCAAUGGCCGACAUUGGGCCGCACCUGAAAGCACACCUGUAUCCCGUAUUCUAAGUCGCGACAAUUUUGGCAAAUGUAAGGGCUCAAUUCGACUUAUCGUUUCCAUUAGAUAAGGCAUCACAAUCGAAUAAAAUAUGCGCUGGGGAAUCGAGUCGGAAUAGCCAGCAGGAGGGGAAAUGCAGAUGCUCCGCAGGGAAGCGUGUGCGGGAGGAAAAGACAUGGCACCACCUGGGGGGAUAACAAGAGUUUUGAGCCGAGGACAUGCGGGAAGUAUGGAUGGCAGAGAAGCACUAGUUGAUGUGAAGCACAGUGUACGGAUUGUUGGUCCAUGAGCAACAAAGAAGUCGGUGCC